ACUAAUAAAUGAAGAACGAAAAAACACCAACAGCGAACUCCCACAGCAACCCCAAAUCCGCCGGCUACCAAAACUCCCACCCACCUAAUCUCGUCAGCCACCGGCAACCCCCUCUCCUUCUCGCCACCGGCAAAGCCUUCUUUUUCCUACCUCUGUCCCCAAACUUCCAUCUCCCUUGAUUUCUCUGCUUCACGCUCGAUCUCCCUCUCUCUUUCAAAGAAGAAGCCAGAAGAGCAGGGAAAGGAGAUAGGUCUGGAUUCAGAAUCAAGUGGGAGAGAGAGAGAGAGAGAGAGAGAGAAAGGGAAAAUGGUAACAGGAGAAUUGCAAAACGGCUGCGUUUAAAACGGUUCCACCAUCCUCCUCAGUCACUCCUCCGUCUACCUUGCAGGCUUGCAGGCGCUCCAUAGCUCCACAGCUGCACAAACGGUUCUACGUCUACUCUUCUUUUUCUUGAUUAAAUGGCGCGUAAAUGGAAAGCGAAAGGUGCAGAAGCUAAAGCUCUUGCAGAUCCCAUGUCAAAGAUAGUGUUGCAGCUUCAGUCUUCUCUAAUCCAAUCAGAUGCUCGAGGAAUCUUGUGUGGGUGUAGUGUACUUCUUGCUGCGGAAGAAGAACAAGCUCAUCUCCUUGGCCGUGCCUACUUUGGCGACCGUGUUAUUAACGCCGAGAAGGAUAAGCGGUGGUUUCAGUUGGAUAUGGAAGAGGCAUUUUUCCUAUGCUAUUCUCUCAAAUGCCUCAGGAUAGUGGGUGAAGAUAAACGCCCAAAGGAUGUUCAAGAGCUCUGGCAGUACAUGAAAUCCAAAAAAGCAGCUUUCCCUGAUUUUUACAAGGCUUAUUCUCAUCUUCGACUGAAAAAUUGGGUUGUAAGGCCCGGAUUUAAAUAUGGUGUAGACUUUGUUGCCUACCGUCACCAUCCGAAUUUGGUCCAUUCUGAUUAUGCUGUGCUUGUGUCAUCAGAAGGAGAUUGUGAAGCGAAUGGGCGAUUGAGGGUGUGGUCUGAUAUUCAUGGCACCUUAAGGCUUUGUUUAGGUGUUGUAAAGGCAUUGCUAGUUCUUAGUAUUAGUAAAAAUGGUCAUGAUGCUGCCUCCCCAUCAUGUUUGGAGAACUAUACGGUUGACGAGCGCACAGUUUCAAGAUGGGUUCCAGAACAAGGCCGUGAGGAUGAUACAUCAGCUGAUGUUGAAUCACAAGGAUCACAGUAGUUGAAAGUGGAACUAGCUCAGUGAUAGCAUAGAAUCCUGUUUCUCAUUUUACAAAUUCCAUGAGCAUGUUGCAGGUUAAAUUACUCUGUUUCAUAUCUAGGGAAUUUUUAAUCUAGAGUUGAUUUUCUGCAUUUUCAACGUAAAAUCUAUUGUCUUGUUGCAAAA